AUUCUUUUGAAUCUCUUCUCUCUCUGCAAAUUUCCUCGCCAUGGCCAAACUCUCUCUAACCUUAACUCUUCUCUUCUUCUUCUUCGCUUUCUCUCACGCUCGUUUUUCCUUAGAUCUAACCUCCUCAAACGACGUCGUUGAAGAACCCGAAUCCAAUCACAUCUUCUUACCCACACAGAGACCCGAAUCCGACCCGAAUUUCCUCAACACCCAAACUCAAAAACUCGUCGUAUCUCAACUCGAUGAAUCUGAUCCCAAAUUAACCUUCAUCUCUUUCCGACCGAUUAACGGCCGUCAAUUUCCAAGACGUCCGUUUCCGUUGACUUUCCGUCACCGUCACGGUCACCGUUGUCGCCACCAUCAAUUUCGGUUGAGACGAUCAGAUCCGACCGUCCGAUCGUACGGUAACGACAUGAUCUUGUCCGAUGAAUUGAGCAGAGAUCAGAGCUCAGAAGAAGAUGCUGUGUUUCGCCACCACCACCACCACCGUCACCUCCGCCAUGGUCACCACCACCACAUCAACAACAAUUAUCACCAUAACCACGAAUAUGAAGGUAACAAUGAUCAUGGUUACAGUAAUGGUUUCAUGAGGAGUUUUCGUAAGUUUUUGAAUCUAGAUUGAAUCUUAAUUAUGAUUGACAAAAAUAAAUGAAGUUUGAUCUGUUUUGAGUUUUUUUGAAUGUGUGAGACUUUUAAUUUGUUUUGUAUUAAAAACUUAAAAGCAUCCUUUUGUGAUGUAGAAAGAAGCUCCUGUUGUAUACAUAAAUAUAUAUAUUUAUAUAUAUAUUUUAUAUUUAUGGAUAAUCUGAAUUGAGUUGUUGUGUUUGUGAA